AUGGCCGAGACCACCCUUCCUCCCCGAAAACUAAGUCGCAGGAAUAGUACAGUACCAUUAUCUCAAGCCGUAUAUCUUGGCUUAGAAAUCGACUAUAACGAAGAAACCAGUAAAAUUGAUUACGCCAUAUGCGCGCAUGACGGUUCUUAUACAAUUGACUACAAUUUUUCAUCGAUCGACGUAAAUAUUGAGGCCAUUAAUGAUGAAAACAGGGAAGAAAAGGUGAACGAGUUACAGAAGGCUAUACUCGAUCGUAUCGUUGCUUACUCUAAAAGUCGGGAAUACAAAAUUCUCGCGGUUGGAAUUGGGGCGCAUAUUGCAAGAGUUGGUGGAAAAGAACGGGAAAAUGUAAAGAAUCUAUUAUUUAGAUCUCCGAGUCUAGCCUCGAAAAUUUGGUUCGAGUUGGAUGCCAUACCUUUUAUUAUUGGCACCAAAGGGGAUUCUGUGGAUGAACGAGCUAGUUCAGCUGUGAGAAAGACUGUAGUAUGGUAA